AAUCUCGUAUUGCUCUCUUCAACAACAACAACAAAAGCAAAAACUCUUCUUCAUCAUUAUAAUCAUAUAAUUUACAAAAAAAAAAAAAACGGAUACGGAUUGGAUUUUCACAUCAAAAAAGACCAAUAGAAUCAAGGAGAGAUACUCAACCGGAACCGUAACAUCCCACAGUCAGUCAGUCAGUCAGUCACUCAGAGAGUCAUCCUUCACUCCCAAUUCCCAAAUUAUCCGCAGAAGGAAGGAAACCUUUUGAAAUUAUCCUGUGCUAGUCACGUUAACAGCAUUUUUUCAAUCUAAUACAAAAAAAAAAAAAAACAACAAAAAAACAACAACAAAACUUUCCUCGAUCGAUUCUUAAAGUAAUUGCAAUUGCCGCCGCCAAUAUGAAUACACAAUCGAAGGUUUAUCGCACAGGUGAAGAGAUCUAUGAUAAUUUGCCAUGCGAUGGCUAUUUCAAUAUGAAUGCCAUGCGCAAUUUGGGUAUUCCCACAACAUUUCCCACAAUUGGUACAUUCACACUGGACUCGACCACCCUUGGCCUGCAGCCGCAGCAACAACAACAACAGCAGCAGGGACCACCGACGCCAUCUUUGGGCAUGGGACAGCAGUCUAUGCAACAGCAGCAGCAGCAGCAACAACAGCAUCAUCAUCAGCAGCAACAACAACAACAACAGCAACAUCUUCAGCAACAGCAACAUCAACAGCAGCAGCAGCAGCAACAACAUCAACAUCAACAGCAGCAGCAACAACAACAACAACAGCAGCAGCAGCAACAACAACAACAACAACAACAACAUCAAAGCAUUGGAAUGUUUGAUGCCAAUGAGGUGAACGAUGUCAUACAAAAUCCCCCACAAAUUGGCGUCUUUCAAUCAAAUAGUGUCCUAACUAACGGAGGCAAUAGCUCCUCAUCAAUAUUUGGCUCAAAUUCAAGUAACUCGACAUCAAAUGCUGCCAACGAUCCCAAUCAGGCAACACGAGAAACAGGAAUCAUUGAAAAGUUAUUGCAUUCUUAUGGUUUUAUACAAUGCUGUGAGCGUCAGGCACGUCUCUUCUUUCAUUUCUCGCAAUUUAGCGGCAAUAUUGAUCAUUUAAAGAUCGGUGAUCCAGUGGAAUUUGAAAUGACAUACGAUCGUCGUACGGGCAAGCCAAUUGCUAGUCAAGUAUCUAAAAUAGCACCCGAAGUGGUAUUAUCGGAGGAGCGUGUAACCGGUACAGUGACCACCGAAUUGCGUACGGAUAGCGCCAAUAAUGUGUUAAGCUCCAGCGAGACAACUGGUCGCAUUAGCUAUGAGAAUCGUGGUGAAUGCUUCUUUUUACCCUAUACCAAAGAUGAUGUCGAGGGCAAUGUUAAUUUGAGGGCUGGCGAUAAGGUCAGCUUUCAAAUUGCUACAAACCAAAGAGGCAACCUGGGCGCCUGCCAUAUACGCCUGGAGAAUCCGGCACAACCUGUGAAAUAUCGUGGUGUUGUUUGCUCCAUGAAAGAGUCAUUUGGCUUUAUUGAACGCGCCGAUGUUGUUAAAGAGAUAUUUUUUCAUUUCUCCGAAGCCGAAGGCAAUGUUGAGCUACGUCCUGGCGAUGAUGUUGAAUUUACCAUACAAACGCGUAGCCAAUCGGCUUCUGUACCACCACAGGGUAGAGAAUUUGCAUGUAAUAUAACACGUCUGCCACCCGGUUCUGUAAUCUUUGAGGAUGUCGAUAAUACUGUGUAUAAGGGUCAGGUAUUAAAAUCAUUGGAUCGCAAUAAUCCUGUACGACAGAAUAAUGAUCCAUUGCCGGGACGUAUACGUUAUCGUGCUCUUGAUUAUUCGGAAGUUGAAGUACCAUUCGGUGAUAAGGAUCAAAAAGGUGAUUUCACAUUGCGUCAUGGCGAUUGGGUGCAAUUCCUAUUGGCCACCGAUAGGCGUGAUCAAUUGCAACGUGCCACAUCGAUUGCCCUGCUAGAUGAGACCUUUAAAGUGUCGGGCGAGAAACGUGAACAGGGCACAAUUGCUUCGCUUAAAGAUGGUUUUGGUUUUCUACGCUGUGUAGAGAGGCAGGCGCGUUUAUUUUUCCAUUUCACCGAGGUCUUGGAUACGAGCCGCGAAAUAGAGGUCAACGAUGAAGUGGAAUUCACUGUCAUUCAGGAGCCCGGUUUGGCUUAUAACAAUUCGCGUUUGCAGGCCAUACGCAUUAAGCAUCUGCCGCCAAAUAGUGUGCAAUUUGAAACUCUCAUGGCCAGCAAUAUUGAAGGCUGCGUGACACGAGAGGCACCCAAGAGUCCCAUUAAAUCUCAAGAUCGUGUCGAGGGUGGCGUUAUAACCUAUGAGCAUACCGAUAGUAAAAAGACUAUAAUGUAUUUUCUUAAAGACUGCGAAAAACCACCAAGGAUUGGGGAGCGUGUGCGCUUCGAUAUUUAUAUGGUCAAACGUAAUAAGGAAUAUAUUGCCGUUAAUGUCCAACAAAUUUCCCUACAACAACAGCAGCAGCAACAACAGCAGCAGCAGCAGCAGCAACAACAACAACAACAACUCAUUACACAACAAUCAAUUGAACAGCAACAACUUCUUUCGAAUGGCAUCAGUGGCAGCAGCUCAAAUGCUUCACUCCAGAAUGGUUAUAUAAUGCAUGGUAGUCCUGGUGGCAGUACCAGCAGUAUGGGUAGCCUUACUCAACAGGCAAUAACAACACCCGGUGGAGGAGGAGCAGCAGCAGCAGUAGCAGCAGGAACAACAACAACAACAACAACAACAGCAGCAGCAGCAGUGACAGCAGCAGCAACAGCAGCAAACCCAACUGGAACCGGAACAUCAUCAUUAGAUGGCAUUGAGAAUAAUAAUCAUACGGAAAGUGCACAAAUUUAUCGCGGUUUUAUUGCUGUAAUGAAAGAGAAUUUUGGCUUCAUUGAGACUCUAUCGCACGAUGAGGAAGUAUUCUUUCAUUUUAGCAACUAUUUGGGUAAUCCCAAUUGGUUGGAAUUGGGCCAAGAGGUUGAAUAUACAUUAGCCCCGAAUGGCAAUACCUCGGUAUCGGGCAAUUGUCUGCCCGCUGAGAAUGUAAGAAUGUUACCAAAAAAUUCAAUACCGCAGCCAGCAGUGCUGGAAACGGUACACAAUGGUGUUGUGGCUCGUCCCUUGCGUUGCAUCAAUCCCGAUCAACAGGAAUACGCCGGCCUAAUCGAGAUACUCGAUGAGCAGCGUACCACUGUCAUUUCACAGCAUGAAUUCGGCAUUACCAGUUUGGUUAACAAGCGAGAUCUGUUGCAAAAAGGCGAUUUGGUUAGCUUCCGCAUCGAUGAGAGCGGCCGUGCUGCUGUUGUCAAUGCUGUGCGACAAAAGAAACGUUCCACCGUCGAUUCCAUUAAGGGGCAAUUUGGUUUUCUCAAUUUCGAGGUGGAAGAUGGCAAGAAAUUAUUCUUUCACAUGUCCGAAGUUCAGGGUAAUACAGUGGCUCUACAUCCAGGCGAUACAGUUGAAUUUUCAGUGGUGACCAAUCAGCGCAAUGGGAAAUCUUCGGCUUGCAAUGUUUUGAAAAUAAACGAUCGUCCCGAUCGUCUGAUCUCGCGCCUUAAACUCAAUGGCGAUGAUACUGUGCCACGUUUAAUAUUGAUACGGGCACCCAAGGGACCGCAGGGCAAAGGCUUUUCUGCGCUGGCACGCCAUCCACGCAUUCCAGGUACCUUGGUGGAGUAAAUCAAUUGUUCCAUGCCAAAGAGGAGGCAGGCGAAUAUAUUUUAGAUGCACAUCAAAGACAAAACAAAAAAAAAAACAAAAUCAAAAAAAAAAAACA